GGCUUAGCUGGUAGCUCCAGACCCUUGGCACGUCCCAGGCCCGUGGGAUGGCGCGCGCAUAAACUGGAUCGUGGCGAUCCUUUUUGGUUUCUGUGAUGCUGCGGUUGUGGAGUAGGAGAGAAGACAGAAAAGACGCGCGAAUUACGAGUUGGCGCCGGGUGAUUGCGUUUCCCCAUCCCCGUGUCUUCCUCUACCUCGUGCUCGCGUUGCGUUCAUAAGAGAGCGAGAGAGUGGAUCACUGCCGGAAACCAACGCUCUCCAUCCCCGCAGUUGCUCACAGCCGGCGCCAUGGACGCCGCGGAGAGCAACGACACCACCAAGCUGCAGACCCCGCUGCUGCUGCCGACACCGCCGCCGCCGAUGGCCGGCAGUGACGGCGGGGAGCGGCGGCUGGAGAGCAUCCUGGGCGACGGGUCGGCUCCGUGGGCGAGGAGGAUGUGCGCGGCGACGGCGGUGGAGCUGCCGAUGCUGGCGCGGCUGGCGGCGCCGGCCGUGCUGGUGUACAUGAUCAACUACCUCAUGUCCAUGUCGACGCAGAUCUUCGCCGGCCACCUCGGCACGCUCGAGCUCGCCGCCGCCUCCCUCGGCAACACCGGCGUCCAGAUGUUCGCCUACGGCCUCAUGCUUGGUAUGGGGAGCGCGGUGGAGACAUUGUGCGGGCAGGCAUACGGCGCGAGCAAAUUUGACAUGUUGGGCAUCUACAUGCAACGCUCCACAGUCUUGCUCAUGGCGACCGGCAUCCCGCUCGCCGCCCUCUACGCCUUCUCCCGGCCCAUCCUUAUCCUGCUCGGCGAGUCACCGGAGAUCGCCCGCGCCGCGGGCAUCUUCGUGUACGGCCUCAUCCCGCAGAUCUUCGCCUAUGCGGUCAACUUCCCCAUCCAGAAGUUCAUGCAGGCGCAAAGCAUCAUGGCCCCGAGCGCCUACAUCUCCGCCGUGACGCUCGUCGUCCACGUCGUCCUUAGCUACCUCGCCGUCUACAAGUUUGGUCUGGGGAUCUUGGGUGCCUCCCUCAUUCUUAGCGCCAGCUGGUGGAUCAUCGUCAUCGCGCAGUUCAUCUACGUUGUCACCAGCAGCCGGUGCCAGCUCACGUGGACUGGGUUCUCCGUGAGGGCCUUCUCUGGCCUGCCCCAGUUUUUUCGGUUGUCCAUUGCCUCCGCCGUCAUGCUCUGUCUCGAGGCUUGGUACUUCCAGAUACUCGUGCUCAUUGCUGGCCUCCUCAAGAACCCUGAAUUGUCGCUUGCAUCGCUCUCCAUCUGCAUGACCAUUUCAGGGUGGGCAAUCAUGAUUUCUUUUGGAUUCAACGCAGCAGCCAGCGUGAGGGUCAGCAAUGAGCUUGGAGCUGGAAACCCCAAGUCAGCAGCAUUCUCAGUGGUGGUAGGGACGAUGGUGUCCUUCACCUUGUCACUGAUAAUCUCGGUGGUCAUCCUGCUCUGUCGUGACUAUAUCAGUUACAUCUAUGCUGACGGGGAGGACGUGGCAGCGGAGGUGUCCAAGCUGACGCCGCUGCUGGCACUAACCGUCAUCCUCAAUGGUAUCCAACCCGUACUAUCAGGGAUGGCCGUGGGAUGCGGUUGGCAAGCGUUCGUCGCCUACGUUAACGUGGGAUGCUACUAUGUCGUCGGCGUCCCCUUGGGUUGCCUCCUUGGCUUCUACUUCGACCUCGGCGCGGCGGGCAUAUGGUGUGGUAUGAUUGGAGGUACUUUCAUGCAGACCGUCAUCCUAGUGUGGGUUACCAUCAGGACAAAUUGGGACAGCGAGGUGGCCGAAGCAAUGAAAAGAUUACACAAGUGGGAAGACAAGAAACCUCUAUUAGCUGUCGAGGAAUGAAAGAAGGAUUUAAAUAAGAAUUCCAGAGCUUCAUAAGCAGGAUUGGAAGGGAAUGAAGAAUCAGUGAGAUUUUUCAGAGGACAAAUGGAUUGGGGAUGUGCUCCUUGUAGCUAGGGGAUAAUUAAUACGUAUUGUUCAUUAUAAGGAUGCCACUGUAAUUGUUGUUCUUGGAGUGGAAAACCCACUAGUUGACAUUUUGUUGGGCUCUCCGUUUUAGCAGCAUUUAGCGGAGUGCAAUGAUAUCGUCCACAAGGCUGUGAAGAUGCAACUAACUUAGCAGCAUGAGUCAUUUAAGUGGGACCUUCAUACAGUUGGGGUUAUUCCUGUAUACUCCAUGUACUUUGCUUUAAUGGAUAUACGGGUCAAGAUUAAAUCUAAGUGAUUAUGGUGCCUUAAAUUACAUCUAAGCAUUAAGGUGUUCCUUAAGAACAACUUGUUUAAACGGGAAACACAAAGUAGCUUAUGUUAUGUAUAUGAAACUAUCAUCCAACGUCUUUUUUACUGUGGUUUGGCACGUAUUGUAUCAUGCGUUGUUUUUACUUGGCUUCUAAUAUCACCUCACCUUGUAUCAUUUCACAUAUUUUUUGCCUUGACAGCGGGAGGUAGAUAAAUCAUUGAGACAACUUAUUUUUUGUGUGGCAAUAGCGAU